AUGCUGAACGCGAGCGAGAUUGAGAAGGCACCGUUCCUCUGGCAGCAAUGGAUGCACUACGCCGAGUCAUGCUCUACACAGGGAUUUGAGAAGGCUGUCAACGAGCUCGGCAAGCUAUCUGAAGACGCCAUGAGCAAAGUGCAGAGAUCGGUAGUGCUUACCUACUGCUAUCUCGAGAGGGCCAAGUGUUUCCAGGAGAGCGGGAAGCCUGCCGUAGACAUCGCACUGAACUGA